AUGGCAAAGAUGCGAAAACCAUCAUUGCAUCGAAAAAUCCUCACUAUCAGUGAGCAGCGAGAGCCAUCCAGAAAGGUAUUGACUUUCUCACUCAUUAACCGGAUUUUGCACUGCCGUCUUCCAAGUGCAUUUCUAGUGUAUGGAUUGGAACCGGAUUACAUUCGGGAAGGUGGUAGUAUACCAGUCAUCAUAGUAUUUCAAGAAAUGACCAGAAGCAGCGUGGUUUUAUUGCCCAUCGGAUCAUCAGAUGAUAUCGCCCACUCACAAAACGGCAAAUUGUUUCGAAUCCUGCAACGAAGGAUUAAUCUGCCGACAACUUGCUUAGGAGAAAGCGGAAAAACAGUACACUGCGCGUUUGAAGGGAGUAAGAAGGAGAAUACCUAUGUACCUACCGGUCCGGUUAAAUCUCCAAAAUGGUGUGUAUACUUUCUAAAACUGGCCAGUCGAAAACGGAAAUGUAUAGACCGGGAGGAAGGAGCCCGGCAAAAGCACUGGUAA